AUGGGUUUAGGUCGGCUUCGAAUUGUUUCGAAAAAGGUAUCUAAUACUUUAUUUUCACUAGUGAACAAAGGAUAUUGUCCAUUUCAAGUUGAUGCAACGAAUGCACAAAGCACAUCAACUAAUUAUACUCGCGUGGCACCACUUGCAAGUCUUCACAAUGCAUCACCACAAUGUCUAAAUCAAACAACAUCAUCAUCAAGUACUUUUAAUUCAUCACAGGUUAAUAAUAAUCAUCGAUUAUUAAGAAUAAUUUUUACUCGAUCUUUUCAUAUAGGACAGUUUAUCAGUAUUGUACAAAGAUCAUAUCGAUCGAAUGAGUUUCGACGACGAAAAUAA